AUGAAGUUUCCUUGGUCGAAGUCCAGAGAAGUGGACAAGUCAUCGGACUCGGGUGUUCAGGAUAGCCACCUCAGCACUCCUUCAGAACAGCCGCUCUCGACGGAAACUCUUGAUCCCGAGAAGGAACCAAUUUCAAUUGAUUCGAAUGCAGCGGAGCCUGGAACACUCGAGUCGCCGUCAAAUCCAGCAGUCACGCCUCGAGAAGAUAUCUCUGGUGCGGCGCCCACAGAUGAGAAGACCGUGCUAGACACAACCGAAGAAGAAGUAACCCGCAGAGCUUCAACAGCUACCUCGGAUGCAGGCGAACCCGGAGAAGAUGAUGAGUCAAAGUACGCCAAAGGGCUGCCCUUGCAUCUCUUGACGUUCGGCCUGACUCUAUCAACAUUCGUCAUCGCUCUGGACAACACCAUCAUCGCAACCGCCAUUCCGAGGAUAACCACUGUCUUCAACUCCCUGGGCGAUGUCGGCUGGUAUGGCUCCUCGUACCUGCUCACGACGACCUCGCUGCAGCCGUCCUUUGGGAAGAUAUACACCUAUUUCAACGUCAAGUGGACGUACAUGUGCGCCCUGUUUAUCUUCGAGGUCGGCUCCGUGCUGUGCGGUGCAGCGACGAACUCGACCAUGCUGAUCGUGGGCCGGGCCGUGGCUGGAGUUGGGGCUGCUGCGAUAUUCUCCGGCGGCAUGACAAUUGUGGCCUAUUCUGUACCCCUGCGGAAGAGGCCGAUCUAUAUCGGUCUGUUAAGCUCCAUGUUCGGUAUUGCAUCUGUUGUCGGACCGAUUCUAGGAGGAGCGUUCACCGACCGCGUAUCGUGGCGCUGGUGCUUCUACAUCAACCUCCCCAUUGGCGCGAUCGCCAUCGCAGCCGUCUUCUUCUUCUUCAAGAACCCCGAGCGCAGACACAGCAACUUGACCUUGCGGCAGAAGAUCGGCCAGCUCGACCUUCUCGGUGCGUUCUUCCUGAUCUGCGCCAUCGUCUGCCUCUUGUUAGCGUUGCAAUGGGGUGGCGUGACGUACGCGUGGUCUAACUCGAAGGUCUGGGGCUGCAUCCUGGGCUUUGGGCUGUUGAUCAUUGUCUUCACGGGUAUACAGCUGUGGAAGGGCGACCUGGCCACGCUGCCACCGCGGAUCAUGCUCCGACAACGCACCGUGUUCGUCUGCGCGUUCUUCUCCGCCUUCCUCGCCAUGGGCUUGUACACGCACAUCUACUACCUGCCGUUCUACUUCCAGGCCGUCAAGGGCACGACGGCAGAGGAGUCCGGGAUCCGCACGAUCCCGUACCUGGUCAGCAUCACCAUAUCGUCCAUCGUGGUGGGCGCCAGCAUCACCACGUUGGGGCCCUACGUGCCGUUCACCUGGGUGGGCUCGGCCGUCUUCGCCGUCGGGUCGGGCAUGCUGUACAGCCUGAAGGUGCACUCGUCGACGGGGACGUGGAUCGGAUACCAGAUCCUGGCGGGGUUCGGAGCGGGCGCGUGCGUGCAGAUCCCCUUCAUUGCGGUGCAGGUGGUGCUGAACAAGCGAGACAUGCCCGUCGGCAACGCCGUCGCCAUCUUCUUCAACUCACUGGGCGGCGCCAUCUCCAUCUCCAUCGCCCAGAAUAUCUUCUCCAACACCCUGGUCAAGGAAAUCCCCCGCUACACCACGGGAAUUAACCCGCAGACCAUCAUCAUGGCUGGCGCCACCCACAUCCGCGAGGUCACCCCGCCCUCCCAGCUCGCCGGCGUGCUGUACGCCUACAACAUCGCCGUCACGCACUCGUACAUCCUGUCUAUCGCGUGCGCGAGCAUCGCUUUUUUGUUCUCGCUGGGCUUUGAAUGGAAGAGCGUCAAGGGGAAGAAGAUUGAGAUGGGUGGGGCGGCGUAG